ACCUUAUCUCAUUGUGACAGUCCAUCAAAUCCUCCAGUCGCGUAGUAUUCUCCUCGAGGUGACCCGCGACGGCCUUCGAUCUGGAGAUGGAACCGUGACACUUCGCCGGCCAGUGAUAGCAAUCCGGCUCGACAUGUGGGUUUCCUUAGAGACAAGUCUUCGAUGAUGCGUCUCAUCAUUCGUGACGACAAGGACACAGCAUCCUCGUUCAUCGCAAAUUAUAUCAUCGACCGUAUCAAGGCAUUUGGCCCGACUCCAAACAAACCAUUCGUACUCGGUCUUCCCACUGGCAGUUCGCCAGAGGGUGUGUACAAGAAUUUAGUCAAACGUCAUAAGAAUGGCGACAUAUCAUUUCGCGAUGUAGUGACCUUCAACAUGGACGAAUACGUUGGCCUCCCUCGCGAGCACCCCGAGUCGUACCACAGCUUCAUGUACAGACACUUCUUUUCACAUGUCGACAUCUUGCCAUCGAACAUCAAUAUCCUGAAUGGCAAUGCUCAUGACCUCGAGGCCGAAUGCAUUGCGUAUGAAGAGAAGAUCAAGCGCGCAGGUGGUAUCGAGCUCUUCCUUGGUGGCAUUGGUCCUGACGGUCACAUCGCCUUCAACGAGCCCGGAUCCAGUCUCGCAUCGCGCACUAGGGUCAAGACUCUUGCAUAUGAUACCAUCGUUGCCAACUCGAGGUUCUUUGGCGGAGAUGUCGCAAAGGUGCCUCGUAUGGCAUUGACGGUGGGCGUGCAGACAGUCUUGGAUGCAAGAGAGGUCGUCAUCAUCAUCACUGGCUCACACAAGGCUCUCGCACUCCAGAAGUGUAUCGAGGGUGGCGUCAACCACAUGUGGACGCUGUCAAGUCUGCAAUUACACCCUCAUGCAAUGAUCGUCGCCGACGAUGACGCUACAUUGGAGCUCCAAGUCAAGACUGUCAAGUACUUCAAGUCCAUCGAGCAGGUCGCUUCGACUCAAGGCUUUACUCAGACUCUGCCCGACAUCAGCAUCACCACCUCGAAACGUGAUUCCAUCAUCGAGAAGCUUGACAGCCCUCGCUCGCCCAAGUCAUCCUCGCCAUUCGUGAUCACCUCGAGCUCUACACCAACAUCACCUACGUCAAUCAGUAACACAAGCAAGACCUUAUCAGUACACAAGACAAGCACAGGCCUACAAAGAUCUGUGACACCUGAGCCAGUGCUAGACAGGAUGGCAGAUAGACUACCGCCCUCUCCCUCCCCAGCUUUCGCAAAGCUAUCUGUUAGCACGCCAAUUCAACGGCCGAUCACUCCUGAGCUAGUUCCGGAUCGCAUGGCUGAUAGACUUGCCAGAACGCCUCAGAUGGCAGGUCAAGGUCAUGAUGACUUGGUGGUUGAUGAGCUGCCUUUGAGCAGUAUGGGACGCAGAAUCGCUGUCUGAUAUGGCUUGAGCUUACUACCAUGUUAUUUUAUGUGUAUAUAUGAUAUCCAAUGAAGUGUUGU